AUGCUACUGCUGCUUCAGGUCGGUUCUCCCGAGUGGACCGACUCCACGACACGCAGUCGAGGACCAACGGUCUUGGAGGUGAUACAGCGGACCCAUCCGGAGCGCCUGUCAUUGCUGGACGGUUACGCCCCGACUGAAGAAGACAAGGAGAGCUACUUCAACCAGUAUGGCUGCUUACACGAGCAGAUGACUAUGCUCCAGGACUCGGUCAGGACGCAGGCAUACCGAAACGCCAUUGAGACCAAUGCUGCGGACUUUCGUGACAAGGUAGUCUUGGAUGUCGGCUGCGGCACUGGCGUUCUGGCCAUCUUUGCUGCGAAGGCCGGGGCUCGAAAGGUGUACGCGGUGGAGGCUUCGGACAUGGCCAGUGCAGCGAAGCAGGUUGUUGCUGCGAACGGGGUGGAAGAGGUGGUGGAAGUGAUCCGGGGAAUGGUCGAAACCAUUGAGCUGCCAGAGCAGGUAGACGUGAUCAUCUCGGAGUGGAUGGGGAACUUCCUUCUGAAGGAGUCGAUGUUGGACACGGUCUUGAUCGCCAGGGAUCGCUUCUUGAAGCCAGGAGGCUUGCUGUUCCCUUCUCAUGCUCGGCUAUUUCUAGCCCCCUGCGCUCACAGCUGCUUUACUGAGCGCUGGCAGAGCUAUGUGGACGAGCUUUGGGCUUGGCGCAGCUUUGUGCAGCACAUGCACGUCAGCUUCGGAUUGAGCUAUGGAGCCUUGAGCACGCAGCAGGAGAAGGAGGCGAGCGAGCACCACCUUCAAAGCUGGGACUGGGUGCAUCUGAACAACUCCCACUUGCGUGGCCCUCCCGUGCAGCUGCUGGCGCUGGACCUGUCGACUUUGCCGCUCUCGAGGCUACAGAGCCUGCAUGAGCAGGCUUUCGACAUUGUCCUGCCCAUCACACAGGACGGUACUGUCGGCGGCCUCUGUGGCUUCUUCGACAUUUCCUUUCACACCUCGAGUUCCGGGGAGUCCUGCGUCAAUCUGAGCACAAGCCCCUUCAGCAAGGCAACCCAUUGGGGGCAGCAGCUCUUCGGCUUCUUCCCCGAGUCCGUUGAUCUCUUUGGUCCACCAGCACAGCUGGGCCUCGCCGUGCUGAAGGGCGACGAGCUGUGUGGGAGGUGGCGCCUGGGACGAGUGGCGCAAACUCGAGACUUUAGACUCGAGGUCGAGCUGAACCACACUUCCGCCAAGGGUCGCCAAGCGGCAGCAAGCCUUUGGGAGUGCCCGGCCGGCUGCGGGGUCCAAGCUCCAGACGUUGCGAUAGAGAGUGAUGACUCGUGGUACGUCCGGACGUUGGCCACAGAGCUGGUCCACGAGCUGGGUCCGCUGGGUGCGGAGAGCAGCCAGCCGGUGUUGUCCAAGGCGCUGCACAGCCUGGAUCAGGAGGUGCGCAGGAACGCGGCGCUGGCGCUGGGCAAGCAGGCCAAGGUCGCAUCAAAGCAUGCCGGGGCCCUGUGCACACGGAUGUUGGGGAACCGCCCUGGCGUCACAAGCGAUGACCCGGAUGCUGACCUGAGCGAGCGGCUUGAGGUUCGCACGGCAUGCAUGUGGGCUCUGGGGCAGCUGGAGCCGGAGGCUGUGAUGCCACACAUCCAUAACCUCGACGAUGGUCUUUUCCACCGGAACCCGAGAUAUCGGCUCGUCGCGACGCAAGCUCUCGCCAACCUCGGGCCGAAGGCGAUUCAAACCCGGAAGGACCACCUGAUGGUGAUGGAGUCCACCGAUAGGGACGACGAUGUGUGGAAGGGCCGGAGUGACAAGAUGAAGGUCAGCCCGAAGCACUUCGUUUUGAAGACACCCAUGGAGGGGCCCUGGCCGGACAACAUGAAGGUGUGUGUCCUGGCGAAUGGAUGCUUUUGGGGCUCAGAGAAAGGCUUUUGGCGCCUACCAGGUGGCGGCAUUUAUGCCACUGCCGUGGGCUAUGCAGCUGGGCAGACGGCCAACCCAACCUACGAGGAGUGCUGCAGCGGACGAACGGGACACACAGAAGCGGUGCAAGUCGUCUACGAUCCAGAAAAGAUCAGCUUGGUGGACAUUUUGCGGUGGUUCUGGGAAUCCCACGAUCCGACCCAGGGCAAUGCGCAAGGGAACGACCACGGCACGCAGUACAGAAGUGCCCUCAUCUAUUUUGACAGCGAGCAAGAGCAGCUCAUGCGUGCAAGCAAAGCAGCUUACGAGAAGUCGCUUCGAGAAGCUAGGAGAGGCAAGACAGCGAGCAUUACGACAGAGAUCGUGGCCGCAUCCGACUUCGACCAGCCGUUUUACUACGCAGAGGAUUACCACCAACAAUAUCUGGCGAAGCCUGGGGCAAGGCCCUACUGCAGCGCCCAGCCUUUGCAGGUUGCGUUGCCGGCCUUCGAAGACUGGGCGCCCUCCCCCGAGCUCCUGAAGCUCCAUGCGCCAACACUCUCGGAGGACUUUUGGAAGCAGCAUGCUCCCAAGCCACAUUGUGUCAUCCGCUCUCCUCACGAGCCCAUCUCCUGGCCGUGA